AUCUCCGAUUGAAUAUCAAGCCUUUACUUAUCAAACUAAUUCAAGAGGGGUAGGGAUUUUCAAGUAUUAAAGAAAUAAAGGAAUUAAGGAAAAUGUCAAGCCCUAUUUAUGUAACCGCUGCUUUCAGAUCAGGACACAAAAACCAAGCUUAUAUAUUCAUGAAGAAGGAAUAUAUCAUUGAAGAAGUGAAUCCAGGUACAUAUAAUGACACAAUAUUAUAUGGACCAGCCAAAGUGAAUCAAUAUUCAUCUCUUAAGGGCACAAUUUUUGGAGACAAAGGAAUAGAUUGUGCUUUCCCUUCUGUAGAAGAAGGAGUUGCAUUUAUCUUCUCCGGUAACCUUUGUGCCAAAUGGUCUUACGGUCUAAAAAACCCAAAGAACAAGCUCCUGGUAGGGCCUUCCCCAAUUGAAGAGGUAUUCCCUUAUUUGAAGGGUACUGUUUUUGCGAAUGGGUUGGAUGCUGCAUUUGAGACAUCACGUCCUUAUGAAGUUUACCUAUUUAAGGGAGAUAAGUAUGCUCGUAUCUUCUAUGAGGGUGCUGGAAAACUGUUGAACAGUAGCCCCAUACGCCAAAACUGGGUGACUUUAAGAGGGACUAUCUUUGAAAAUGGCAUAGAUGGUGCCUUUUCUUUGGAUCAUGAUACUUAUCCGAAUUCGGUAUACCUUUUCAAAGGAGAUACCUAUGCUCGUGUCACCUACACACCUGGCACCGCUACUGAGAAACUAGACAACUUGGCAAAAAUCAAGAGCUACUGGACUGGUUUAGGAAGCAUCUUGCCUCGUUCUAAUCAAUGAUCUGAUAAUGUUUUUCUAAUUCAGUAAUCGCUACUAUAUUGUUUAUGUUUAAUCAAAUAAUCCAAGGAUAAUCAAUGUUUUCUGCCUGCCCUGAAAACUACCUUAAUCAAUUUCAUUAUUAAUUGUUUUCUUCUAUUUUAUUAAUGCUAUGUUUAUGUUGUAUGAAAUUAAUAAUUCUAAGUUGUAUUCAAAAAGAGUAUUAUGCUCUUUACUCCAACAACUUGUAUUAUUCAAUGUAAUACUAUUAUUUCUUUUUUAUUCAUUCUAAUUUUGUACCAGGCCAGC